UUGUAAUUUUUAAAGUUAGUUUUAUCACAUCAUUUCUAUAUAAUAGUAAAUACUAAUGCAAGAAAACUGUUAAUGGAUGAAGAAAAUAAAAUAAAUAAAGAAGAUGCAAAGGAUAAAGGAUUGAAUAAUCAAAAUAAAGUAAUAGUCAAACAAUUAGGCCAAGCGACGGAUGAUGCGGGACCUUCUAGGUUUACACCACUGCCGGGAGAAAUACCACAAACCCCAAAAAAUAUUUACCAGCCAAUAACAGGGAAAUCUAAAUCUGAGCACAGCUUACGACAAUUUAUAACCACACAGGAUGUCGCUAAUGCUUUGAAGUUGUCAUCACUAAGUUUCACACCAGCCAAUGAAACUAUUAAAAAUAUAAAUUUUAAAGACCUUAAAAUACCUAAUUUGACCAAAACCGAGAAUAGUGACCGUUGUGAACCUGCAACGUUUUUGGACUUAAAGAAAUUUGUAGCCUCGUGCUUUACAUCUAAAGACACUGAAAACUUGGCUCUGGUAGAUGUUCCAAACGUGCAAAAUGUUCACACCGCAAUAAGUUCUAUAAUUACUGAACCGACUUCAGAAGUACAACGUUUCCAGAGUCCACCAACUCAGGUCAUCGAUAUUGUUAAUGUAACUAACGAUAUAAGAGUACCGAACGCAAACCUUAUUGAUAUAAAACAGUCGAAGACAACAGAAGGACACAAAAAGAAAACUUCGGGAAAUCUAUCAGAGAAAUCAGAUUUUAGACUAGCAGCGAGGGAUUCCCUAUCCAGUAUUGGUUCAAAUGUUUGUCGAAUUUGUAUGACUAAAGGACGGGAAAGGUUGAUUUCUCCUUGCAACUGUAAAGGUUCUCUAGCGAACGUUCAUUUAUCCUGCUUAGAGAGGUGGCUAAAUCAAGUUGGCAGAAACCAUUGCGAACUUUGUGGCUUCAGUUACCCGGCGAUUCGCACUCCUCGGUACACAGUGCUCCAAGCUCUCCGGCUGUGGUUUGGCAAUCCCCGCAAUAGGAGCCAUUUGCAGUCUGACUGCCUUAUAUUCUGGCUGUUGUCGACUGUGACAGCCGGUCUGCUAGCGGUAUGCAUCGUUGGCACUCAGUACUUUGUGAUUGAGGGCAACAAAUUUGGUAAGCUCGAUCCAGGUGCUAGAAAAGACGAAGGUAUAUCUCAUCGAAUCACCGAAACGGCUAUGGACUUCUUUAUGGCUAUAGUGCUGUGCGGUUACUCGGUAACCGUGUACCUUCUGUGGAAGGACCACUACGUGAUGUGGAACCGUUGGCGCAGGGCUAAUGUUAACGUGCGUCUCCUGCUGUCUCCAGAUUCGAAUCCUGUGCCGUUCGUACCUAGACCUAGAUAUAAUGUUGUUUAA